CCUCCUCCUCGGAAACAGGAUGUGAUGUAAAUACACAGUAACUUUUUUUCCUCGGAGUUCAGCAGCUCUUCUUCUUCUUCUUCUUCUUCUUCCACUUUUUUGAAGGAAAACUAGCAGCAGGAGAAACAAAAGAAGAAGUGGAUCCAGUCGGACGGUGAUCCAGCAGCAGGAUUACACUUUGAUCCACUAUGAUCCUGGUCUGAUCCUCUGAGCUCCGAACCACCGAACCGACCGAACCGCCGGACCGGAGCCCGACCAACGCGGAUCAGACCGGAGAGAAGGAGCCUCGCUGCUGCUGUGGAUCCGGAGGGAACCCGCGGACAGAGAUGUAGCGUGUGUGUUGGUGUGAUCGGCGGACCAUCAUGCACCUCUUCUUGCUGCUGAUCCUUCAAGCCACAGCAGCCUUCGGACAGAUCGACCCCGUUCACUGUCGCUAUGCCUUGGGCAUGGAGGACGGACGGAUUAAAGACGAUGACAUCACAGCAUCCAGCCAAUGGUACGAGACCACGGGACCACAGUACGCCAGGUUGAAUCGUGAGGAGGGGGACGGCGCCUGGUGUCCUGAGGGACAGCUGGAGCCUUCAGACAGUCAGUACCUGCAGGUGGACCUGGGCCGGUUGACCUUCCUGACGGUGGUCGGGACUCAGGGACGAUACGUCAGGUACUCCGGGAACGAGUUCGCCCGAACUUACCGCCUCAACUACAGCCGGGACGGCCUGCUGUGGAAGUCCUGGAGGAACCGGCUCGGCAACACGGUGAUGGAGGGCAACAAGAACGCCUACACCUCCGUCAUCAACGACCUCUACCCUCCGAUCGUCACCCGCUACGUCCGUCUGAUCCCCGUCACCAAGCUGUCCACCACCGUCUGCAUGAGGGUGGAGCUGUACGGCUGUCCGUGGGAGGACGGUCUGAUCUCCUACAGCGCUCCGGAGGGUCAGCUCAUGAUGCCGCCAGGUUAUCCCAUCGCCAGCCUCAACGACUCCACGUAUGACGGCGCUCACGAGAGGAGGAGGCUGCUGGGCGGGCUGGGUCAGCUGACGGACGGCGUGAUCGGCCUGGACGACUUCCUGCUGACGCGUCAGUACCACGUGUGGCCGGGCUACGACUACCUGGGCUGGAGGAACGACUCGCUGAGCAGUCUGGGAUACGUGGAGAUGGAGUUCGUCUUCGACCGCCAGAGGAACUUCACCUCCAUGAAGGUUCACAGUAACAACAUGUUCUCCCGCGGCGUGAAGAUCUUCUCCUCCGUUUCCUGUUGGUUUAAGCCCCGCCUCAUCGCCGGAUGGGAAGCGGAGCCCGUGGCGUUCAAGACGGUGCUGGACGACAGGAACCCGAGCGCCCGCUACGUCACCGUGCCGCUCAACCGCCGCGCCGCCAAAUCCCUCCGCUGCCGCUUUUACUUCGCCGACGUCUGGAUGAUGUUCAGCGAGAUCUGCUUUCAGUCGGAGGACACCGUCCUCCCGACCCUGAUGACCUUGGGGUCGACCUCCCCUCCAGUGAAGAAGGAGAGCACCAUGUCCACCACACCUGUGACAGCGGUCAGUCCCUCAGCCAGCGAGCCGCCAGAUGACGGGAACACGCCCGUCCUGAUUGGCUGCCUGGUGACCAUCAUCCUGCUGCUGGUCAUCAUCAUCUUCCUCAUCCUCUGGUGCCAGUACGUCUGCAAGGUGCUGGAGAAGGCUCCACGUCGGAUCCUCGACGAGGAGGUGACAGUCCGCCUGUCGUCCUGCAGCGACACCAUCAUCCUCCAGACCCCCCCGGUACCCCCCCGCUCUGGCCACGCCUCCACAGGCCCCGCCGCCAACACCGACCCUCACUACGAGAGGGUCUUCCUGCUGGACCCGCAGUACCAGAACCCGGCGGUGCUGAGGAACAAGCUGCCGGAGCUGUCGCAGAGCGCCGAGGCCUCAGCGUGUGGAGGAGGCUACGCCGAGCCCGACGUCACCCAGUGCACGCCGCACCAGUGUUUCCACAGCAACGCGCCGCACUACGCCGAGACGGACAUCGUGCGGCUGCAGGGCGUCACGGGCAGCAACAUGUACGCCGUCCCCGCCCUCACCGUGGACUCGCUCACCAGGAAGGACAUCUCCGCCGCCGAGUUCCCGCGGCAACAGCUGAUCUUCAGGGAGAAGCUGGGGGAGGGUCAGUUUGGAGAGGUCCACCUGUGUGAGGCCGAGGGACUCCCAGAAUUCCUUGGGGAGGGGUCGCCUCUCCCUGACAGAGAUGGUCGUUCGGUGCUGGUGGCUGUUAAACAGCUGAGGGCCGACGCCACCAGCCAAGCCAGGAACGACUUCCUGAAGGAGAUAAAGAUCAUGUCUCGUCUCAACGACCCGAACAUCAUCCGGCUGCUGUGCGUGUGCGUGUCGUCCGACCCGCUGUGCAUGGUGACGGAGUACAUGGAGAACGGAGACCUCAACAUGUUCCUGUCUCAGCGGGAGAUCGAGAGCACGCUGACGCACGCCAACAACAUCCCUUCAGUCAGUCUGUCCGACCUCCUCCACAUGUCGGUGCAGAUCUCGUCUGGGAUGAAGUAUCUGGCGUCUCUGAACUUCGUGCACCGCGACCUGGCCACCAGGAACUGCCUGCUGGACCGCCGCCUCACCAUCAAGAUCGCCGACUUCGGGAUGAGCCGGAACCUGUACAGCAGCGACUACUACCGCAUCCAGGGCCGGGCGGUGCUGCCCAUCCGAUGGAUGGCCUGGGAGAGCAUCCUGCUGGGGAAGUUCACCACGGCCAGUGACGUGUGGGCGUUCGGCGUCACCCUGUGGGAGAUCUUCACUCUGUGUAAGGAGCAGCCCUACAGCCUGCUGUCAGACGAACAGGUCAUCGAGAACACUGGCGAGUUCUUCAGGAACCAGGGCAGACAGAUCUUCCUCUACGGCCCUCCGCUCUGCCCUCCUUCUCUCUUCGAGCUGAUGAUGCGUUGUUGGGGUCGCGACAUCCCCGACCGACCCACCUUCGAGGGUCUAUACCAAGCCCUGAGGCCCCACGUCAACCAGUGA